UGUAAAAUAGCUUCAAAAAGUAUAUAUAUCUAUUUUUUAUAUAAAAUUACAACUCUAUUUAAUGGCAUUUUUCAGAUGCCUUGAGUCACCUUUCUUUCGUCAUGUUCCCGCUGUGUGCACCUGGGAGAGAAAGGGAUGACGGAAGGGGGGCUACGGUCCACGGUGAAAAAAAGAAAAAAAAAGAAAAUGGGACGAGGCGGGGCUUUGCGCCACAACAUCCCAGCGUAGUGCAAUUCUCCAAACUCGGCUGCGCACGUUCCGAGGAGUACGUGCGCGCAUCCCGGCGGCACCAACGGAGAGCGCGCUCUGCGCUAACCAUGUUGUGAAUGAGGGGAUGGAGUGACGUCAGCGGCCGAAUGUCAACAAUGUAGCGGCUGAGAGUAGGCGUUCUAGUCGAGUGUAACAAACAGCGGAGAGACACAGCGGCACGCCGCGCUGGAGCAACACGCACGGACGGAACGGACGGACGGACUCACAAACACGCGUGCACACUUACACACACGCCACAUAGCAUCGAAAAGAGAACGAAAAAGAAAACGCGUCUGAGUUUGGUUGUGCAGCGAGAAAAGAGGCAACGCUAAGCGAGCAGGAAAGUGAGUGAGCUACGUGGAGCUGGGAGCCUUUGAGGAAACGACAAAGCGAGCCAUCAUGUGAGAGAAGUUAACGUGGGAAAACGUACAAAAGGGCUGGAAUACGAGCGGAAGAAGAGAAAGUAAAAAGGGCGUGAGCGGAAUGUCCGUGGAUGUGAAGCCUGAAGCCCCCAUGUAUGUGUAUGAGUCGACAGUUCAUUGUACUAAUAUCCUCCUCUGCCUGAACGACCAGCGGAAGCAGGAUAUCCUGUGCGAUGUGACUGUCCUGGCGGAGGGCAAGGAGUUCCGUGGGCACCGGGCCGUGCUGGCCGCCUGCAGCGAGUACUUCCUACAGGCCUUGGUGGGGCAGGCGGAAAAUGACUUGGUCGUUAGCCUUCCCGAAGAGGUCACUGCCAGGGGAUUUGCCCCAUUGUUGCAAUUUGCCUACACUGCUAAGCUGUUACUCAGCAGAGAAAACAUCCAGGAGGUCAUACGCUGUGCUGAAUUCCUGCGCAUGCACAACCUCGAGGACUCAUGCUUUCGCUUUCUGGAGGCACAGCUGCGCAGCGAGGACGAUGGAUUGUUGUCCUACCACAAGGUGGCUGCAGAGGCAAAUAACUCGGAAGAAGAGAAUAUGCAGUCGGAGGCAGAAAAGCCAAUUUCCCCCAGGGCGCGGCGAUGUGCCGAUGCCCUUACCUCUAUCCGGCGCCCCUGCAACGACGGGCCAGUAAGUAACUUCACGGAUGGCAGACUGGAGUUCGACGGGCACGGAGUGUCAGAUCUGCCUCGGUGCCCCAAGUACAGGAAAUACCAGUGGGCUUGCAACAAGCACAAUAAUGACACCUCCUCACACACCAGUACCUCAGGUUUUCCAAGCACAUUAAAGGAGAGCAGCAUUAGCGGGGCAGUGCCGGGUCAGGGCAGGCUGCCUUUGGCACAGAUCAAAGUCGAACCGCAGGCAGAGGAAGAAGCCAUUUCUUUGUGCCUGUCAGGAGAUGAGCAAGAUGUCAGGGAUAAGGACAGUGUGACAGCUAUGGAGAUGGAUAACCCAAUAUCUCUGGAAAGAACCAAGAGAACCAAGUCUCCUUCUUGCCUCCGUGUCCUCUUCAAAAAAGGUAUAGAGCUCCCCAGCCUGCCCAACACGUCACAGCAGCUAUUAGCCAACAGACUCGUUUGCCCCCAGGAAAAAGGAACCUCUCAGGGAGAUCAUAAAAAAGACUUCAGACCUUUCCCUGGGGAGCUGGGUCUGUCUAUUACAUCCCCAAAGGACUUGGACGGUUACCCCGCAGGGUUGUCCCUCAAGUCCGCUUCCUGUGAUGGGGUCUGCAAACAGGAAGUUGAGCUUGAUCGUCGCAGUGUCAUUUUUUCCUCAGGGGCCUGCAACCGUCUGGGAACCCCGGCUCACUCUUACCCUGGUGGCAACUCUUUGGAGAUGGAGCUCUCUGAGCACAUGCCAACGAGCCUGUGGGCUGGAGCCAGCCAGUCUCUCCCCACCUCCCAGAACUAUUCCCCUAGCACCACCUCCACCGAACCUCCAAUUCUAUGCCGCCCAAGGCCCAACACCAGCUGCCCAGUGCCAAUCAAAGUGUGCCCACGCUCGCCACCUUGUGAGACACGCACCAGGACUUCCAGUUCCUGUUCCUCGUACUCGUACGCAGAGGACGGCAGCGGAGGCUCUCCCUGUAGCCUGCCCCAGUUCGAAUUCUCCUCCUCGCCGUGUUCCAACGUGGCGCGGUGCCUCAAUGCGGACCAGCAGGAGCAAAGUGUGGGAGGGGAUGCCCUUUUUAAUCAAGUCCAGCCCAAGAUCAAAUGUGAGCAGUCCUACGGCACCAACUCUAGUGACGAGUCAGGGUCUUUCUCAGAGGGAGACAGUGAAUCCUGCCAUGUACAGGAGCGGGGACCAGAGGUGAAGCUCCCGUUCCCCGUCGAUCAAAUCACGAAUCUUCCACGGAACGACUUCCAAAUGUUAGUGAAAAUGCACAAACUGACCUCGGAGCAGCUUGAGUUCAUCCACGACGUGAGGCGGCGGAGCAAGAACCGCAUCGCAGCACAGCGCUGCCGUAAGAGGAAGCUUGACUGCAUCCUGAACCUGGAGUGUGAGAUCAGGAAGCUGGUGUGUGAAAAAGAGAAGUUGCUGACGGAGAGAAACCAGCUGAAGGCGUGUAUGGGCGAGCUGUGGGAGAACUUCUCAUGUCUGUCCCAGGAGGUGUGCCGGGACGUCCAGCUGAGUCCCGAGCAGGUCCAGUCUCUACACCACUACUGCCCCGUGAUGCGGCCCGCCAACUCCACUGCUAGCAACAACGCCACGCGAGAACCGCAACCCUCCCGUAGCCCGAUCACCAUCACCAACACCACCACCAGCAUCGACCUCACCGUGCACUCAGGCUCCGCCACGCCCGAACCGAGCUUCCACGGGUCACCCGGCCCCUCGGAGAGUGAGCCAGACGUGGGCGUUCGAAACGGCGCCGACAAAAACAUGGAGGACGCCGCUUUGUACACAAAGUCGGGGCUCUCCGCCGAAAAGUCUAACCAGACGGUAACAGUUGAUUUUUGCCAGGAAAUGACUGACAAAUGUACAACUGACGAGCAGCCAAGGAAGGACUGUACUAAGUAGUGGGGGGAGGGGGGGGGUUCCUCCUGAUGUUGUUAUCGUUGACGUUGUUGUUGUAGUUGAUGAUGUUGUUGUUGUUGAUUUUUGAUGUUUUUUAUUAUUUAAUUUUAUUCUUCUGACAAAACCCCCCGUUGGGGUUAUCGAGAUGUCGGGAUCUCCCAGUGUUCACUGAAAGAUAGGCAUUGUAUGUAUUUAUGUCUUUUUUUUUUUUGGUUUCUCUUUUUUUUUUUUUUUUUGAAUGGUUGACACUAAAGUUGUCUUAACAGCAGCAAUACUGUUCUCCAGGUAUUUUUCUCGUAUCGCGACAGAGUGGGAACUUCUCACCAAAUCUUUCAAGAUGGUGCUAUAUUUGGCCCAACAGCAGGAGCAAAACCUCUGCAACGGAGACUCCGUUCUUCAUGUGUCGAUCAUCGCCGUUCAACCUCAUCCGACCGAAUCCGCCGCAUCUUUCUACGUUUCUAACAGCAGCGUCUCCGCGUUUGGUUAUUCUCUCUCUCAGAUUUCUCUUUCACUCUUGUUUUUUUUUUUGUUUUAUUUUCCCACUCUGUCUUUGUUAAUCUUCUCUACCUCUCUCUCUCUCUCACACUAUCUCCCUCUCUCCUUUUGUCUUUUUCUAUAGUCUCUCACUAUACCCUAGUGGCCCUUUUUGUCACAGCAACUCAAACUCAGGAAUAAAAAAAAAUCCUCUGAAUGUUCAACCGAAUUCAUGAAAAAAAAAAAAAAAACGCUUCUGUAAACGAGGAAGUUACGAUGCAGUCAGACUGUAUAAACGUUCAUAUGCAAAAAA